CAAAAGUCGGCCAUCAAAACUGAUGGACCAAAAUUUUCACUUUGCCGUCGUUUUCGCUUUAUAAAAAAGCAGCUUUUCCUCAAAUAACUGCACUAAUUCGGAGCAAAAAGUAAUUUAAACCUGCGGCAAACCACCGCCACUGGCAGCCGCAAUGAAGAAAAUCGCCGAGCAAAAGCUGCAGGCCUUCGCGGUCGGAACGAUGGGCAAGCGGCAGCUCAGCCGAAAGGAGCUCGAGGAGCAAAAGAAGCGCGAGGACGAGGCCGCGGCCGCACACGCGUUCAAAGAGUUUGUUGAAACGUUUCAAGAAGCUCCCUCCAAGAUUUCCAAGGUAUGGGUCAAGGCCGGAACGUACGACGCUGGGUCCAGAAAGGAGGACGUCCGCGACAAGGGCAAAUUGUACAAGCCGUCGUCGAGGCUGGAGGCGGAACACGAGAAGGCGAACGAUUACGUGAAGAUGGUGGCCAACGAGAGCAAGAAGGAGCUGCUGGCGAACAACAAGAAGAAAGCGCAGGAGAAGAAGAAGAGCAAUCUGGAGUUGUUCAAGGAGGAGCUGAGGCAGAUUCAGGAGGAACGCGAGGAGCGGCACAAGUACAAGCAUAUGGCCAAGUCGAUGGUUCCGGCGUCGUCGACGUCGCUGGAGCAGGAGACGUACAAGGAGGAGAAGGAGACGGGCUCGUUCGAUAAUGGAGAUCCGAACACGACCAAUCUGUACCUGGGGAAUUUGAAUCCGAAGAUCUCGGAACAAGCGCUGAUGGAACUGUUUGGUAAGUACGGUCCACUGGCGAGCAUCAAGAUAAUGUGGCCACGUUCGGAGGAGGAGCGUGCUCGUGGGCGGAACUGUGGCUUUGUAGCUUAUAUGAGUCGACGGGACGCGGAGCGGGCACUUCGUGCGUUGAAUGGCAAGGACGUCAUGAACUACGAGAUGAAGCUGGGCUGGGGCAAAUCCGUCCCGAUUAUGACCCAUCCGAUCUACAUUCCGCCGAUUUUGGUGGCCUACACGUUGCCUCCUCCGCCCUCGGGGCUGCCCUUCAACGCACAAGCGCACCCCGCGGAUCUGGACAACAUUCCCAAGAUGACCUCGCAUGACUACAUGAACGAGCCCGAGCUGAAGCAGCAGAUGGACGAUGUGCUGUACAAAUCCAUCGUGAAGGUGGUCAUCCCGACGGAACGUGCACUGCUCAUGCUUAUCCACCGGAUGGUGGAGUUCGUGAUCCGCGAGGGACCCAUGUUCGAGGCGUUGAUUAUGACACGCGAGAUGGAGAAUCCGAUGUACAAGUUUCUGUUCGAGAACGAAAGCCCGUCGCACAUCUACUACCGCUGGAAGCUGUUUUCGCUGCUCCAGGGCGACUCGGUCAACGAUUGGCGCACCAAAGAGUUCCGGAUGUUCCGCGGCGGGUCAAUCUGGAAGCCGCCUCCGAUCAACUUUUACACCCAGGGAAUGCCCGAGGAGCUGCUGGCCGACCUGGAAGGCAUCGACUGCAACAAGGGCAACCUUUCGGUGGCCCAACGCGACCGCCUCGAGGACCUCAUCCGCCACCUGACGCCGGAGCGCCAAAAGAUCGGCGACGCGAUGAUCUUCUGCAUCGAGCAUGCGGACGCGGCCGAGGAGAUCUGCGAGUGUAUCGCGGAGUCACUGUCGAGCAACGAAACCAUGGUCAAGCGGAAGAUCGCCCGCAUCUACCUGAUCUCGGACAUUCUGCACAACUGCAGCGUCAAGGUGUCGAACGCGAGCUUCUUCCGGAAGGCCAUGGAGAAGAACCUGCUGGACAUCUUCAAGAGUCUCAACGCGUACCACAUGCAGCUGGACAGCCGCCUCAAGGCCGAGGGCUUCAAGUCGCGCGUGAUGAACGUGUUCAAGGCGUGGGAGGAGUGGGCCGUCUACCCGAAGGAGUUUCUGCUCAGGCUGCAGCACACCUUCCUGGGGAUUACGAUUGUCGAAAAGCAACCAGAGGAAGAGCCCGAAGAGGACAUCGAGGACGAAGACCUGGACGGCGUUCCGUUGGACGGUGCCGCCCUUCUAAAAAGCGCCAUGCUCAAGGGAAUGGCCGACACAGAUUCCCGCACGCCUGUGCUCAAGCACGACAUCUACAGCGACGAGGAGGACAUCGACGGAAUGCCGCUGGACGCCACGGAGGACAUUGACGGCGUGCCGAUGCAGAGCUCGGAGGAGAAGCUCAAAACAGGUGGCUCGUUCAUCCCGUCCAAGUGGGAAACGGUUGACGCGUCCCAGAUCGAGGCCCAAGCGGUCACGACCAGCAAGUGGGACACGCUCGAUCCGGUCGCACCCGCUCCGCCGCACAUUUCACUGCGCGGUGACGAGGAUUCCGACGACGGCGGAGGCAGCAAGGACGACCAAGCUCGCCGGCUGAGGUUGCGCGAGAUCGAGGUGAAGAUCGUCCAGUAUCAGGACGAGUUCGAGUCCGGAACGCGGCAAGUACGCGUCGGCUGGACCCUCGGCGAAGAGAUCGCUCACUACCGCCGUAAGCUGAUCAAAAAAGCCGAAAAAGAACUUCGCCAGCAGCAGCAGCUACAACUUCAGCAACUGCAAGCCCAAGAUGACAGCGAUGAAGACGACGACGACGACGACGACACGGACGAGUACGAGCGAAGUUCCAGCUCACGCAAAGCGUCCAAACGCUCCGUCUCACCGGAAGUCCCCACCCGCAAGCACAAAAAGACCCGCCGGUCCUCGUCAUCCGAGUACGUCCGCGAAACCACCAGCAAGUCGUCCCGCCGGUCCCGCUCCCCCCUCUACUCCAGCAGUAGCCGCAGCAAGCGCGAAGCGUCCCCUUCACCGGUUCGAACCACCAGCAAAUCCUCCCGUCACCGCCACCCGUCGCGCAGCGUUUCCCGCUCCCCAACGCGUUCCUCCCGCCACCAAGAUCGAUCCCUCUCCCCGGUCAGCCGCAGCAAGUACGACCUGCUGGAAUCGCCGGUGGCCUCGCGCAGCAGCAGCAGCAAGUACGACAAGUACGAAACCUCAUCCUCAAAGUACGACAAGUAUGAAAAGUACGACAAGUACGAAACGGUGCCGGCUUCCUCGUCGUCCAGCAAGCACGACCGCGAACGGGACCGGGACACGCGCGAUCGCAAGUACGCGAGCAGCAAGUACGAAGCGGUCAGCUCAAAGUACGAGGAGGUCUCCGACAGCAGGCGGUACAGAUCCCCGUCGCCGGUUCGAUCCAGCCGGGACAGCUAUCGGUACGCUACGGCUAGUGGCAGUAGCAGCAGCUCCAAGCAUAAAAAGCACAAGUACUAGAAUGGAUCGUAGCGUUAAGUUCUAUAACUACAAAUUUGCACCGUAUCGUAACCAAGAACGAUACAAUGAGACAAGAAACCGAUUAGCGCGAGAGUUUGAUUGAUUUUAAAUCCUACCAGAGAUUACACAAAAAAAAGCAUUUUAAUCCUUGGUGAAAUUUUGAUGUAAAAGUGACCCAGAUCACUCGAAAUGCAAGAGUGUAAUGCCAAGAGAAACAAUAAAGAUUUGUUUGUAUCUUACUAGCAUGGUAAA